CUAUUCAUGGAUUGUUAGGCACGACAAGUUUCUUGUCGAAAUCUUCCAUCUAACGACAACCUAAGGCAGCAUAGUUAAUAUUCUAUUAUAUAUUGACGCCCCCUGCUCAGUAGUCAUUCCUCCAUAAUGCCUACUGCACAUCCUGGUUAUCAUUGUCUUCACUUGUAUGCUGCCCAUACAUUUCACCGCUUCCUUAAGUCAGCCGCGAGGAAACCCGCAGAGACUACCAUGGUUGACCGCAAACACUCAGAAGAGGCUGAGCUUCCUCAUAUAGAACUCGAGAACACCUCCACAGACAUAGCUGAUAUACUUCCCAAUCAUCCCCGAAACGUCGCUAUCCAAUUCAAGGCAAGCACUUAAAAGCCAGAAGAUGGAUUUGAUCUGGCACACAAAGCUAAGGCGGACAAAUCAGACAAGGCAGCUCUUGGGGAAGGAUCGGAGAUUGUCAUAAAAUGAGGUGAGGUUAUGGCUACAAUGUGCGAGGUCAAUCAUCGUGGCCGCUAUCUACUCCUCAUGUCAUUUUACCAUCAAAUUGACCACCGCCGCCAACUUCUCAAGCUAUCGGAAUGUAGUUCUCCAUCCGACGUCCAGGCAUUCCAGCCAUUCCUUCGAGGUCUUCCAGAAUGCAAGACGUUAACAUCUCAAGCAUUGACAUCAUAUCUGAACCAAGAUCAUCCCGAACCAGUUUUCAGAUUAACAAAAUGGAUGCAAUCGGCAUUUGGGCAGAAAAUCUAUCCCCCACCCGAGUUGUUGAGGGUCUCUGGUUUUUCAGACAAUGCAUGGCAAUUUGCCGUCGUCAAUCCACCAACGUGAAUACAAGAUCGGUUUGAUGGAGCUGUCAUGUUCCAUGGCCAGACCUCCGUACGAUGGUAUGGUACCGCUAUCAAUACAUUUCACUCCAUCCUUCAAAAUGGUUUCCUGACGGAUAAAAUCUGGACUGCAGGAAUGCCCGGUGUCUUAUGGCGAUAUGCUUUCAAGAAGGGGGCUCGCGAAGCACUUGAAGCGGUUCGUCAUCCACUAUUUGAUCAUGGUGUAUUAUUAGGUCUCGAAGUUGCCGGGCCUCCCAAUAAGAAUAUCGUCACCCAUCUACAGGUUGAGGCUGACAGAUACAUGGUGAGAUAGAUAUAUCUUCUUACUGCCUCCGGACACGCCAAAACCUAGUGCUAGAUCUUUAAGAUAUAUAACUUUAUCGAUGGAGGCGGCAUAUAGGGAGUGGCCCAGGCCAGUGGAAGAUUGAUCGUAACGAAUUUGAGGAGGACGUGAUGGUCCUUGUGGUUCACGGUCACAGGCAGCGAACGUGCAUCUAGAAAACCUUUAUGGUCUGAGAUUUAGCUAGCAAUUUAAAAAUACCCUCGUCUCAUUUCACUGUAAUCAUUAUCCUAACCUUAUCUGUUUUCUAAUCUUCGUGAUGUAAUUGCUCAAGGGGAGGAUAAUUUAGAUUUGACUUGCUUGAUACAGUACUCAAUAGUCCGGAUCCGGAAUGC